ACUGGCUCAGUGGUGGCUGUUCUGUAUUCAGAGCAACCGCCGGAGCGUGAGUUUGAGGACUCUUGAUUCAGUGGCCAUACCUACAAAACGGAAGCAGGUGGUUAUAGAUUCACUGGGAAGCACACAGGAGCGUUUCGGUCGUUUCAGCUCUUCUGAAAGCAGCAGCGAGACCUCUGGCAAAACCUCUCAGCACACAGAAGAGACCUGUUGGGACAGGGAAGUGGGCCUCAGACCAUGUCCAGGUCAGGGGCCUGUUCGGGAGCCUGGAAAGAGAAGCAGAGGCAGAAUGGAGGCCACAUCUGUAAGAAAAUCUUAUCGUGUCUGUACAUCAAACCUGAGAACGGAUUCCCAAAGCACUCGCAACUGGAAAAGGGACUCUCAAAUUGAUGAGAUUGCCCCCUGCCCAAGGCUGGCUGGUGUUGCCCCUCUCGACCAUCAGGGUGAGCCUGGACCAGCGCUGAGCUUGGGAGCGACUGCACUGGGGGCUCGGAUCUGGUCGCAAGGAAAGAAGCCACGUUCCAUAGAAAAGCAGUUCACAUUCGUUCAGCAUGAGGGGUUUAUUAGACUCCUCCAGUCAGAAGUCAGACUCAAGCAGAGAAACAUCACUCAGCUCCAUAGUCCUUGGCUGUACUCAGAACAUGAGAUAAAUAUGACAAAAGAAAAGAAAACCCCUCGAAGAAUAAAGAGCAAAGUGGGGCCACCUGUGUGCCUGAGUACAUCUUCACAGGAAGAGAAAGCAAAGGAGAGAGAAGAGCUUGAGUUAAUAAGAGAUUUCCUGUGUGAUGAAGCCUUCAUAAAAAUGCCUGAACUAUGGAGUCCAGAGAUCUCCAGGUUGAAGAACACAUACAGGAGGAUGGCAGCACUCCCCAGCUCACUGGGGACAGCAGAUCCUAUGCUCAAAGUCCUCUGGACCUCACCCUAUGUACUUCUCUUCAUCUGACAUUCAUCUGUAUCCUUAACAAUAUCCUUUAUAAUAAAUCAGUAAACAUGC